AUGCAAAGGCUGCCUAUCGAGAUUAUGACAUAUAUCGCAAAUUCUCUGAAUUUACACGACAUUUUCAACUUGAGCCUCGCCUGCAGACAGUUCAGGUACCUCGUGGACAAUGAUGACAUUUGCCGGGCCGCCUUGGAGACUCACGCGUCAUACUCAGCUGAGCUCCAAGCUGCCCGCUCCUCCAAGCAAUAUGCUCGCUGUUUGCGGCAACUGGUCAAGCUUCGGAACGCCAUCGCCACUGCCACGCCAUACACUACAGCUCUUGUCGCUCACGCAGUAGACUUCAUCUACUGCCAUGGCACGCUUUGUUAUACGGAAGGUUACGAGGUACUGCGCCUCCUCGACUUGCACGCCUCGUCAGACUUGGAGGUCACUAUCGAUACUCGAAAGUUGCUCCAAUCUGUUCCGGGGGCGAAUCUCGCCAGCAGCAAAUACAAGUUCCGUCCGAUACACUUCGCCCACGGUGUUUUGUCUUGUCUUUACACCCCACGCAGUACCCCACGCAGUGCUGAGGGCCAAAAUCGCCUUGUCGUUAUCGACGUGGAGCAGAGGAAGCUUCUAACAGCCCAUCGUCUCGAGUCAACCUCCAAGCUAUUUGUGCGUAACAACCAAGAAUAUCUCUUCUAUGGCACUCACUCGGUGACUGGGGAUGACGGCUUCAAACGAUGGAUUCUACGGCGAUUUGAUACACGGACCAAGCAAUGGAUUCCUGGCCACUUGGAUCUCGAAGACCUAGCUGGGUCAGAUAUCGGGUCUACCGUUUGUUUCGAGAUUAUUGACGAAUUCUUUUAUGGCUUAUCUAGCCUGGCCAGUUUUGAAGUAUACGAGAACGAUUCCAUGUCGUACUAUUACGGGUUUCGAAUACCAGUCGGCAGUACCCACCCUAGAGACAUGCAGCUGGCAUCGAAACAUUCCAUGUUGAGACGAGAUCACAAAGACGGGCCGAUAGAUGAUCGAUGGAGUACUUUGCAGCUCGCAAAGGACUUGGUCACUGGAAAUAUCAUGGUGUCAGAAUGCCGAAGGGAAUGGCUCGUCGACGAACCUUCUAGCGUGAGAACAGCCUACCGAACGGAGGUCGUAUUUGCGGCCCAUCCCGAGGAUCCUGGCGACGGUUCGGACACCGAAGCUGACACCAACCAAACCGAACUUAUUUCAACCCCGCGGUGCUCUCCUACUAAGCUAGUCCCUUUGAAGAAGCAAGAGGACACAACCCACGUUCACAGGGGUGAUGACGGCUCAACAUCGCCGACUAUAACCCUGAGUCAAUGUUUUAUACGUUCAUAUAAUCAGUCUUGCGAAACAUUCAUCGACUUGGUAAACGACCCUGUCGCUGCCGAAUCCAUGUCGCGAAGACCGCAAAUACGUUCAAUUUCUCGUUUCCCCCGAAGCGGAACCGGCCGGAUUCCGAAUGAGUCACCCGCUGACAGUUCUGCUCAGGUCCCCUACCAGACCCACGUGCCCAACGAGAUCUCAUGGUGGCUACCGGAAGUCGACGUGAGCCGACGGAAUAUGCACCUUGACGCAUUGGAUAGCAUACUCUGCCCCAAAGGUCAGAGUACGUACAGUAAUAUCUCGGGGAUCAUGGACGAGCGCUCUAUGGUAUACGCCAUGGGACAAAGGGGAUCUCAGACCAGACGGCCUUUGGUCUUCAUCAGUUUUGACCCUUCCAUUAAGCUCGCUGGACUCACCCGGUGGCCUGGCGGCCCAAAACGACCGCUAUGCAACCACACAACCACACAAGGCGACGAUGCUGGACCUCAGGGGCCAUAUCCCACACCGCAGUCUCUGGUGUCUGCACCUGGUUCAAGAAACACUUCUUUCAGUGAGGGGUCCAUUCCUGACCCGUCACAAUCAUCUGCCAGCAUGCACACAGACUUCGACAAACCAGAUGCGCCAACCUGGAUAAGAAGAGCCUCGGCCGCCUAUCUGCAGACCAUCUGCGCUCUUGGACAACCAGUUGGUUUCAACUUCGCAUUUUGCAAGGAUGACUCGGCCCCAUGCCGAUGUUGCUGA